AUAAGCGAAGCGGGAGAGCUAGCGCGAAACAAAGUGGAAUAAAAUAAAAGAUUACUUGUAAAUGUAAUGCAACGUUGGCCACUGCUGCUGCAAAGAAAAGAAGAUUGUGCUCGUGUUUUUUUUUUACAAAAAGUGAUAAAAACCUGUUGCUAGAGUAUAAGGCUUGCAAAGUUGAUAACCUUUCAACGUAAUGUCACUGCUAGCAAACAAAACGUAAACAAAAAAAAUAACGCAAGAUGAUGUCCACCGGCAAUCCGACCAAUCAGUUCUACGAGGGUUGCGGGCGGGAGGGCCCGAUCCGCUGCAUACUGCUGAGCGAGUUCCACGCGACGGCCGGGUCGAAAAUCUGCUGCCAGGUACCGGACAACUACAUCUCGAAGGAGGUGUUCGAUUCGAUUCGGUUCUUCAUCAUUCCGAAGCCGCAGUUGCAGCGCUGCACGCUGACCGUGAAUGCUCUCGGUCACAAGGUGAUUGGCUAUCCGGUGCGGAUUGACCAUCAACGUUAUCCGCGGAAUGCGUUCUAUUUCAAUUUGUGCUUUGUGUGUGAUAGUUGGGCUCGUUCCGUGCAGUACGAGCCGGUGGUGAAAAAGCUUUCCGAGUACCUGUUGAUGAUGGAAGAGGAGACUGCCUUUCUAUCCAAUCCGGAAAAUACCUCCCGCAUUCAGCAUUUACUGAGCUGUAUUCUGAGGGAUUUGAAUGAGAAGCAGGUGGCCACUAUCGUGGAAGGGGAAACUACAAUCUACCUGAAGAUACUGAAAUUAAAACCGGAUCCACCGCCGGUGCAGGACCAUCAGGUCGCGCUCAUCUGUAAGGGGUUUGAGAAUAUUUCCAUGGAAGCAUGGGAUUUGACCACACAGCAGGUGGUUCCGUUUAUAAACGGGAUUAAUCAUGUGGCACGCAUUGCUGCCGAAGCGGAUGUGGAAAAUCAGCUGGUUAAGUCCUGCAUUCAGAAUUUGGUUUACUACGGAGUCGUUCAGUUGCUUCCACUGUUGAAAUACAGCAAUGUUUACAUGUGUACUAGAAACCUGCAAAACUUGAGUAAGGAUCGGCAGUUUGCCGAGGACUGUCGGCGCUUUGUGCAAAUCGAAACGGAAAAAGAACCUCAACGGGUCCUGCCUUCGCUGCACAAGAUUCUCGCGCUGUACUCGCAGAUGACGCACGGAGUCACGCUGCGGGCACUUUGCCAGCGGCUGUGCCCGCGGGAUAAUGGCAUCGACGAACGGAAAUUGGUUACCUUCGGACUGCAGCACUGUUUGAUUCGUUGUAUCAAUAAGUAUCCCAUUUUUACCGGAUCGUAUCCGAAUGCACGCCAUAAGCUGUACACCGGGCUGAACAGUUUGGAUGAGAUUUGCUGCAAGACGGGCCUGUCGCCGCGACGGAUUGAGGAGGAUAUCGAUGUGGACUCGAAUGUGACCGUUAUAUGGAAGUGAGUAAGAUGUUGGGGAAUGAUGAUGG